CAACAAAAAUGGUCUUGAAACCACAACUGCUUAUCAGCGUGUGUGUGAUAGGUUAAUUAUUAUCCUUCAUUCGAGUCUGACGAAGCCACGAAACCAUCUGCUCCAGAAUAGAUAUCAACCAUGGCUAGCAUAAAAAAACGUUUGAUCGUAUGUUGUGACGGCUCUUGGGACGAUGGACAUGAUGAUCGUGCGACCGACGCAGCUCAAAGCAAUGUUUCGAAACUGGGUAUCUAUCCAAUCGUUCAAUCAUAGUCUCUUGCGCAAGUUUCUCGAUGAUGGGGCUGAUCGAGCGAGCCUUGAAGUAGCUCGAUGCAUUUCUCCCGAAGACCGACAGACGUUUCCGAAUCCGACCCCUCAAAUCGUUUUCUAUCAAUCCGGCCAGGAAUAUGGCUUGACUCUACAAGCAACUUCAUACACCAGCUUCUUAGUCAACCAAAUCCGAGAUGCUUAUGCUUUCCUUGUGCAACAUUACAUCCCUGGUGAUGAGCUCUUGCUGUUUGGGUUUUCUCGAGGAGCUUUCAUCGCAAGGACGAUUGCAGAGAUGGUAGCCGAGAUCGGAAUCCUCAACAUGGCGGGGAUGGAAGACUUCUACCAAGUCUUGGCAGCCUGUCAGUUGUUGCAUGCGAAAGGAGACAGCGAUAGGGUCGAGCGGGGGAGGGCUUCUGCACAAGCAUUCCUGGACGAAUAUUAUCAGGGUGGACAAAAGCAAUUAAGAAGGAUCUCCGAAGGGUCCCUGAAAUGUGUGGGCGUUUGGGAUAUGGUCGGCGCAUGCGGUCUGCGUGAGUUUUCGUGA